GCGCUGGUCGCUUUACUGGACCUUCUUAAUGUCCUUUUAUCCUGUAUUUUAAUUGUUUGGAUGUAUAAGUUGGAAUUUCAAACUUCUGAGAGAGCGACCCGAUAGGAUGAAGAAGCAUUUAUGCAUCAUCUUUACAGUGUUAGUAUUAGUGGGAGCUUACAUAGAGGAAAUCGAUUUACCUGAGUCCUUUACAGAAUGUUUGGAAAAACAGCGGAUAAAGAAUCAAGGUGCCGCCAGCUGGGAAGCCAUGAACAAAUGGUGUAUGAACAGCCACAGGAUGAAACUCACAGGUGACAAGUUCAAACACGCCAACGUAUCUCAGGACACGGUCAGCUGGAUUAAUGAACUACUCAGAAUGUCAAACGUGGAUAUGAAGCUGGACCUUCAUUCCAUAAACAAAAGACAAGCAGAUAAUCCCUCUCUGUAUCCUAACGUCCAAUUCCCCCCACAGCCCAUCAUUACAGAUGAAGAUUCACAAACAUCGAAUACACAGAAUUCACAGGGGCCGGAAUACCAAUCAGAAACUCUCCAGUCAUUUGUUAAUCCACAUACUGGAUCAAGCCAGGCCCAGAGGUUUCAGCCCGGACAAACGAGGCCGUUUCCAAUCAUCGGCGGGAAUCCGCAGCCUCCAUCACAAUCAGUGGUCCAGACACAGCAGCAAAUUUUCCAAGGUUCAGUACAACAACAACCGCUAGCUGGACAGGAUCAACCAAUCCAGACUCAAGCUUCUCAAACCCAGACAAAUCCUGUUCAAAAUCAAUUUUCCCAACAAUCAGUAGUUCAACAGUCUCAGCAGGCAGUUAAUUUUGCUCCACCCCAACAGCCACAGGCAGUUAAUUUUGCUUCAUCCCAGCAGUCAUCAUUUGUGCAACCCCAGCAGCCGACAUUUGUGCAACCCCAGCAGCCAGCAUUUGUACAAACGCAACAAAAUUUUCAGCCUGUGAACGCAUUCCAACCUCAGCCAACAGUGAUGUCUCCGACCAUGUCCGCAGCACAGCCUACUGGUAUACCUCAGGUGCAGCGUCCUCAGUUAAGGAUAAGGAAGGAGUAUAGGACGAUGACGGAGCAGGAGAGAGCCAACUUCCACAGAGCCAUUCUAUUACUCAAACAGGAUACGACUAUUCGACCUAACCGAUAUGAUGCACUUGGACUUGUUCACUUUCGAAUGGUUGAUAAUAUACACCAUGGAGGAGCAUUCUUAGCUUGGCAUAGAAUUUUUAUCACCAUAUUUGAGAAUGCAUUGAGACAAAUGAUACCUGGUGUUACUUUACCAUACUGGGAUUCGACAAUGGAUGAGGCGAUGAUUGACCCCACCCAAUCCGUCACGUGGUCACCACAGUUCCUCGGCAACGGAGAUGGUCUGGUGACAAAUGGACCAUUCGCCUUCUGGCAAACUCCUAAUGGACCACUCAUCAGAAAUAUAGGACAGGAUGGUCAGCUGCUCUCAAGACAAGCCAUAAGGAACAUACUGACCAGAACAAGAAUGGGGCAAAUCACAGAACCCGCCGCUCCCGAUCAGUUUAACAUUGAAAAUUACCACGGUGAUGCACAUACAUGGAUCGGAGGUCAGAUGGAGCCUAUGGAAACGUCUGCUUUUGACCCUGUUUUCUACCUUCACCAUGCCUUUGUUGAUUAUGUUUGGGAAAUAUUCCGUCAGCAGCAGCGAGCCAUGGGAAUAGACCCCACCCAAGAUUAUCCUCAGAAUUACGGCCCACAGUCACAUGCCCCUUUUACACCUACAGGAUUUGGAAACCUGCCAAAUGUAUUUGGAAUAAGCGACAUGUUUACCUCCCAAAUAUAUACUUACCAGCCACAUCCGACAUGUUCCUUCCAAAACUCCAACUGUGGUUCUCCCUACCUGACGUGCGAUCUUUCCACCGGUGUCCCGCAGUGCUUGCCGAUCUCCUCGGGUCCUCCUCCAGCACAGCUACGAGCAGCUCGAAUGAGGGGUGUGCCUGGUGUAAUGGGUGCCGGCCCACGGUUAGGAGGAAUGCCCCUCCCUUUUGGGCGUAAAAAGAGAGAAGCAACUAAAGACAGGGUGACAAUUAAUGCAAAGUCCUCUUCAAACUCUUACCACCAGGUAAUGGUCAAACAGAUGCAAUGCUCCAAUACGUGGGUCUCUUUCUCCAGCCAGAAUACCUUCGAAAUCGACAAUGAGGGAGAUACCCGAAAAUGGGUGUUUAUACCUGUUCGUGUUGUUAACAAACGGUCUCCUGAGCACCGUAAAUUUAAAGCAUACGCAAUCAUUGAUGGAAAGCCUUCCGUCAAGGCCGACAUCUACGAUCCAGAACAGUAUCAAGAAAUCAAACCAUACUUCUCAGAGGAACUCAUGCCAUCAUCAGAAAAAUGUAAAACUGUCACAGGGGAUAGAACAGUUGGUCGCAUUCACAUUCGAUCUAACGGACUUAAUUACCAGGGAAAUUAUGACGAAUACGUCAUCGUGGAUUUGAGGCAGGCGUUUACCGAGUCCACCACCUAUAUUGGACUUAAAAGUCCUGGUCAGAACGAUACAGAAGUCCUUCUGUCUGCUUAUGACUCGUGUGGACGAAAAUGUCAGGCCUUCUGUCGGAGCAGAGACAAGAAUUCUCCGGGUUUUCACCCCUGUUCGGGGGCUCUCCGAGUAAACAAUAAUACCCCAUGGGAAUAUGGUAAAAACUAUGGUGAUGCAGUGCGCAUGUCCUGGGAUUUGAAUGACUUGUAUACAAUUCCAGAACUCCAAAAUCAGUCUGUUUUCAUUCAAUUUUUCUGUGAUCAUCGAGAAUAAAAUUGGUUUGGGAGUUCCAAGUUUUAUUUUCUCAACAGUUAAGAAUGUUUGUAUGCUGAUAAUAGAGGAAUAUAAAGAGUUGGCACAAUUCUAAGUUAGAGGUCAUUCUAUUACGUCACAGUGUCAAAAUCCUUUUUUAAAAGUUAAUUUUACAUACUGUCUUCAUAUCAUUUUUUAAAAACAAAAACGUAUCUUCACUGUACUUAAAAUUUAACUAGUUACCGAUUUAAUUUUAUUUUUUGCUUUCUGUUCAAUAAAGAUUCUUACAUUUG